CACGAAAUCCCGGAAACAGCCUCUCGAGCAGCUGAGCUUCUCAUAAGGUGUCAAUAUUGACUUCCCACUUUCCACCUUACCACCAGCUUUCCUUCCCAUCCUCAUAUCCACAUCUCAGCGAACAACCCUGACCACAACGCUGGCCACGGCCUGUUUCUGUUGCGGACGCACACUUAAUUCUCCCAUACCAGUCACAGUCAACAAACCGACACCAGAUUCUGUGUGCUUCGAGUCCGAAGUCAUCAGCCCGAUCUGCUAUGUCACUGAGCCAGGACCGCAUCAUGGAAGAGCUGCGCAAGUGGCGCAAGAAGCCCCUCUUCGGAUUCUACGCACGGCCCUAUCGCAACCGCCAGGGUGUCCGCGACAUGAAGAAGUGGGAGUGUGGAAUUCCGGGCAAGGCGGGAACCAUGUGGGAGGGAGGCUUGUUCAAGCUGACCAUGACCUUUCCUGAAGAGUACCCGACCAAGCCUCCCAAGUGCAAAUUCGAUCCCCCGCUGUUUCAUCCCAAUGUCUUUCCUAAGACCGGAACCGUGUGUCUAUCCAUACUGAAAGAGGAUGAAUCUUGGUCGGCAGGGUUCUCCAUCAAGGAGAUUCUGCUUGGCAUCCAGGAGCUGCUCGACAACCCAAACCCCGAGUCGCCGGCGCAGGACAAACCGUACCACCUGCUGAAGAAGGAUCCGGCUGCGUACAGGAAGAGGAUUCGACGGGUGGUCAAGGAGAACCCUUUUAUUCAAGAAUGAUGUCGCAGCUGAGUUUGGACAGAGGCUAAUGUUGAUGGAACACCGCAC